UCGGGAAGUUAAUGCCUUGAAAAAAAGGUACACAAACACGUGUAUCUAUGCGUGUACUGGCGUGGUGAAGGCAAAUGUGUGCCACAGUAUCUGGAGAAGUGCAUGAGUGAGGCUGAAUCUACCCGGGACGCUAUAACCAAACCUCCGACAUCUGCGUUUUGAGGAGUAGUUAUUAUGAAGACAACGUCUCGAUACUGACAUCAGCCAUCAAGAACCGGGGAAUAAUAUCCUAUAUCCCGCUGCUAAAAGGAGGCUUUCGUUAGAAGAGGUGAAGAGGACCCGUGCAUGAUUUCAGAGGAGUGACAAUCAAGCCGAAGCUGAAACGAAAAAGAGAUUCUUCUCGCUCGCGUCUGUUUUUUUUUCACCCUUCAUCGUGCAGCAGUCUGCUUCACACUCUACCCAACAGUCCAUCUGGCUGCUUCGUGGUAGCCAAGUUUGUUUUGUAAGCGCCAUUCCAGUUUUCUGGGAUUUUUUUUGUCAGCCUCUCCAAGCUGAGAUCUUUCGAAGUUAACGACUUUUAUGUGUAACUGCAGUUGAAAAAACGACCUGUUCUUUCACCUGCAUUGUCACAUUUGCUUCUAAGCGUGUAGGCUCCAUCUACACACUCCAGAUUGUUCAACCUGUUUCCAAAUACAACAUAAGGUUUUAACGGGAGUGUGCGUUUAUCCUUCGAUUUUCGAUCAUUAUUUUACUCUCGUUCCAUCCUAUGGGAAGCCUUACUGUUUUGAAGCAAUUGACUGACAUAAAGACAAUCAUGAUUCAACUGUUCUGUAGACCUUGCAGUCCCACAUAGUCGACAGUUUAUUUACAAUUUUUCAGUCUCACCGAGACAAAUUGGCCAACCACAGUAAUCAUUGAACCGGCCAAUCAGAAGUGUAAUAUUAGUAUGAGUUAUGAGAACCAUGACACCGCCCCUAGCAACGGCACACGGGGCGGAGGGGGGCAGGCGGACGAAGAGGAAGAUGCCGGCCACGACAUGAGCGGAGGCUCCACGUCCCCGGAAGGCGUCAACAGGGACAGCGGCUCGUCCCCGAGCGGCGCGUCGGGAGGGGCCGGCGGCUCGUCGGGCGGCGACCCACGGGGCACGAACUCGGACGACACGGACGCGCUGUCGAGCGGCAACGACUCCGGCGAGCGGGAGAGUGAGGAGCGGGAGAGUGAGGAGCGAGAGAACGGCUCGCGAGGGAUGCAGUUCCCGCGCAGCUACCAGAGCUCGUCCAGCCACAACUGCAAGGACUCGGGGAUGCUGGAGACGACGGAGAGCAACAAGAGCUUGAACUCACACAGCCCGUCCCCUCCCAGCAGCUCGGUGGGCUACAGCCUGCUGAGCGGGGGCAGCUCAGAGCGGGACCCCCCCAGCACCAGCGGCUGCAGCAGUGACCAGUCGGCGCGCGUCCAGACCCAGAAGGAGCUCAUGAAGGCCCUCAAGGAGCUCAAGAUCCGCCUGCCGGCCGAGCGCAAGCCCAAGGGCCGCUCGUCCACACUCAACGCGCUCAAGUACGCGCUCAGCUGCGUCAAGCAAGUCCGAGCCAAUCAAGAGUACUACCACCAGUGGAACAUUGAGGAGUGCCAUGGCUGCAGUAUAGACCUCUCCGCUUUUACCAUAGAUGAGCUAGACAACAUCACAUCUGAGUACACCCUCAAGAACACUGUACGUAUACACACACACACACACACACGGACAUAUGCAUGUACAUUUAAACAGUGUUGUGACCUUCAGACAGUGGUGUACAUCUGCGCCCCUCAGACCUCCCUCGCUUAUAAGGCUGCAAGCCCGGAAGAGUGGUGCCUGCAGGGGGCGCUCUUCUCUGAGCUGCUGGCCCCCCAGGACAUCAGCACCUUCUACAGCAGCACGGCGCCAUGCCGCCUGCCGCCCUGGGCCGCCUGCAUCGGCUCCGCCUCCCCGCCAGUGGACUGCACGCAGGAGAAGUCUAUGUUCUGCCGGAUCAGUGCCGACGUGCUGCACGGGGGCGAGAUGCGCUACUACCCGUUCCGCCUGACGCCUUACCAGCUGACACUGCGCGACUCGGACGCCUCAGAGCCCCAGCCCUGCUGCCUGCUCAUCGCCGAGAGGGUCCACUCUGGAUAUGAAGCCCCUCGUAUCCCCCCAGACAAGAGGAUCUUCACCACCAGCCACACUCCCAGCUGCCUCUUCCAGGAGGUGGACGAGAGAGCGGUGCCGUUGCUAGGUUACCUGCCACAGGACCUGGUAGGCACACCAGUGCUACUCUACGUUCACCCUGAGGACCGACACAUUAUGGUGGCUAUUCACAAGAAGAUCCUCCAGUUUGCUGGGCAGCCCUUUGACCACUCUCCCCUGCGGAUGUGCGCACGCAGCGGGGAGUACCUCACCAUCGACACCUCCUGGUCCUCCUUCGUCAACCCAUGGAGCAGGAAGGUGGCCUUCAUUGUCGGACGCCACAAAGUCAGAACGAGCCCUCUGAACGAGGACGUGUUCACUCCACCACGGGCCGCCGAGGGCCGCUCCAUGGUCCCAGAGAUCCCGCAGCUGAGCGAGCAGAUCCACCGGCUCCUGGCGCAGCCCGUCCACUGCGGCGGCUCGCAGGGCUACAGCAGCCUGACCAGCAGCGGCGGUGGCUCGCACGAGCAGCACCAGAGCGCCGGGCCGAAGCUCGGGUCUCGGGAGAGCAACGGGCCCCUGUGCCGGAGGACGCCAUUUGGCGUGAUUUGUCCCGCUCAGAUGACCUUCCAACAGAUCUGCAAGGACGUACACAUGGUGAAGACCAGCGGUCAGCAGGUGUUCAUUGAAUCCAGAAAUCGCCCACCACCACGGAAGCAUGCCAACACUGGGGCCAGUGGGUCUUUGAGAGCCAUCAGAGCCUCUGAGCCAAUCACCAGCUUCAACCCGCAGACGGCCCUGCCCCCCAAGAGCACGGCUCCCUCACAGCUCAUGAUGAAGGAGCCGCCUAGCGCCUACUCCUACCAGCAGAUCAACUGCCUGGACAGCAUCAUAAGGUACUUUGAGGGCUGUAACCUGCCCAGCACGGUCAAGAGGGAAGUGUGCGGUUCCUCCUCUUGCACGGCCUCCUCCACCUCUGAUGAUGACAAGCAGCAGGACACUGCCGGCAACUCUAAAGGUCCGGCGGUAGCUCUUGUGGGGGAGGCUCCUCCUCUACCCCCCCUCGCAUUGCCCAAACCCGAAAGCGUCGCCUCGGUAACCUCUCAGUGCAGUUUCAGCAGCACCAUCGUCCACGUGGGAGACAAGAAACCGCCUGAGUCAGACAUCAUCAUGGAGGACGCCCCUCCGACCCCUACGUCAGCACCUCCCACUGUCCAAGUUUCAGUGACCCCUACCACCGCCGCCACCUUCUCCCCUCCCCCGGUGCCCGUGACGCCCGCGCCCAGCCCCGCGCCUCCGGCCGAGAGGGAGUCUCGCCGAGGAGGCGGCGCGAGCAGGCGGGGCCUGACGAAAGAGGUGCUGUCGGCGCACACGCAGCAGGAGGAGCAGAACUUCCUGUACCGCUUCCGUGACCUGAGCCAGCUGCGCGUGUUCGACUCGGCCACCUCGCUGAAGAGGCCCACCACUACACCACUGGCCAGAGGGGUGCGCUGUUCCCGUGACUACCCUGCAGCAGGCAGCAGUAGUCGGCGUCGGGGCCGAGGCGGCAAGCGCCUGAAGCACCAGGAGUCGAUCGACCAGGGCAGCCGAUCCCUGCGAGGCCCAACGGGGCCCCCCGUGCCCAACGUGGCGGCCCCCCCUACCAACACCUUCCCCCUGGGGCCCCCGACCACCUCCUCGUCCUGGCCCACGUCCGUGGGCUCCCAGGCCAGCCUGCCGUCGGUGCCCUACCCGCCGGGCAUGCUGCCCCUCUACCCGCUGUACCCGCCGCUGACCGACCCGUCGCUGCAGGCCGGCCUGCGCUUCCCCCUGCAGAACGUCCCCAUGUCGCCGCAGAUGGUGCCGCCCAUGAUGGCGCUGGUGCUGCCCAACUACAUGUUCCCGCAGAUGAACGCGGCCUGCUCCGCCGCCGGCAUGGGCACCGUGCCCUUCUUCAACCCCAACUCGGCCUUCGUGCCGCCACCCUUCGCCGCGGCGAGUGCCGGGGUCAACCCUGGCAUGGCGUCGCUACCGCCCAGCACCCUGCAGCAGAUGCCGCAGACGCCGACGACGCUGACGACGGCCACCCUCACCCAGGGGCCCCGUCCCGCGUCCCGCUCCAGCACGCCACUGUCGGUCAGCCAGAGGGAGGCCGGCGGCGACCGGGAGGAGUCCAUGCUCCUGCCCUCCAGCCGAUGCUCGUCCCCGCUCAACCUGCUCCAGCUCGAAGAGCCGCCCAGCAACCGCCUGGAAGGGUCCGCCCAGCAGACCAUGUCCACGGGAGGGCAGGGGGCCGGGGCCGGUGGCCAGAGAGGUGGAGCCGAGGACAAGGAGAAUGAGAGUGGCGAGGCCAAUGAGUCCAACAAUGACGCCAUGUCCACCUCGAGUGAGUUUCUGGAUCUCCUGCUCCAGGAGGACUCCAGGUCGGGCACGGGGUCGGCCGCCUCUGGCUCCGGGUCCUCGGGCUCAGGGUCCUCUGGAUCCGGUUUGGGGUCCUCGGGGUCCUCGGGCUCAGGCUUAGGCUCGGGCUCAGGCUCGGGCUCCAACGGCUGCAGCUCGUCGGGGAGCCGGACCAGAAGCAGCCAGAGCAGCAACACCAGUAAAUACUUUGGCAGCAUCGACUCGUCGGAGAACGACCACUCCCGCAAGCAGUCAGCAGGGGGCGACGGCGAGGCUCAGUUCAUCAAGUGUGUGCUCCAGGAUCCCAUCUGGCUCCUUAUGGCCAACACUGACGACAAGGUCAUGAUGACCUACCAGCUGCCCACCAGAGACCGUGAGACGGUGCUGCGUGAGGACCGGAUGGCUCUGAGGGCCAUGCAGAAGCACCAGCCGCGCUUCACUGAGGAGCAGAAGAGAGAGCUGAGCCAGGUCCACCCGUGGAUCCGCACCGGGCGCCUGCCCCGUGCCAUCAACAUAACGGCUUGCCAAGGGUGCAAAUCCCCCACCGCCACUCCACCAGCACCUCCCUUUGAUGUGGAGAUUCACGAGAUGGAGCUCUGCAGUGUCCUCACCGCGACAGAGGAGCGCGCGUCCGCUGAGAAACUGACCCAGGCCGACACCGCCAUGGAGGAGGGCGAGGGCGACGUGGAGGCAGAGCGUCCAGCGGCAGAAAGAGAACAGAGGAGGAAAGGAUCCGAGGACGAGGUGGUGGUGGUAGAGGAGGACGCCGAGACGGACAAUGCACUGGGCAAAGACCAGGAAAUGGCAACGGAGGAGAAGGAAAUGACGUCAUCACAAUCGGAGCAGGGGAAAGCCAUAGUGAUGACCCACUGACUUCACUAAGCAAAGAGGGCAGCAGUGCUGCUUUUCUGACCGUUUCGGGACAAAAUAUGAAGGUGUUCACUGCACUUUUGUCUGUUCCUAAUGCCUCUCCCACUGAGGUUUUUACUUACUGACCGAUAACAGUCUAACGACAAGACUACAGUCAUGAGACGCUGUUGACGGUUAUUGUAUGAUACAGAUUUAUGUCUCCUGGUGAAAUUUGUUUCUCUUGAAGCAGUUUUGCUCAGAAGACAAGGCACUAAGCAGAUGAAUGUUGUUUUUAUAAAAAGGUGAAAUGGCCACUGUAUUGUGUAGACAGUAAUGUUGCAGCCAGUGCUCCCCAAACCCCCAACUUCCCGCUGGGUAGUUUUAUUUGGUAAGGAAAAGAGGGGGGGAUUUACCUGCUCAGACCUCCUGUGUGGAAUGGUGCCUGGGGGGAAUGCAAAUGUUCUUCAGCAUUUUUUUUUUUUCCAAAACUUGUCUGCAGAAUGUUUUAAAAACACUUAUUUUUGUAAAUGAAAAAACAAAA